CGCCAGAGUUGCCAGGCCGUCCACAGCAGAGUUUCAGAGAUUUCAGACAAAAACUUUUUUUUUUUGGCCACCUUCGUGUACACACAAAGAAAAACAUGAAAUUGCUAGCGAGCAGCUGCUGACGCAAAGUGAAACCAAAGUGGGAGGACCAGGCCAGAGCCCACGGCGCACACACACGCCCCACACACACGGCACGCCGCCACACACACAACCAUCCAUCCCAGCCAGCGAGCGGAACAGCCAGGGGGAAAAAUGCACGCCGCAUCCAUGACAACGGUGGAGGGAUUGCUGCAGGAGUUCUAUCAGCCCUCCACAUCGAAUGCCCGCAAGCGCGAGAUUGAAACGAAUCUGCUGGCCUUCAAGUCACAGCCGGAGGCAUGGCAGCUGUGCCUGCGCGUGGCCACCGCACCCGAGGGCACCGAGAAUCAGUUCCUUUGGUUCUUCAGCACCUCGACGCUGGAGCACACGAUCACCCGACGCUGGACCCAACUGAAUGCGGCGGACAAGACGCUGUUGCGCGAGGCCCUGUGGAAUACAUAUGCCCAGCUGGGGGCACCGGGCGCUGCCCGGCGGCAUCGGGAUACACUGGCGCAGCUGAUAGCAUUGAUGGGGAAGCGGGAGUUUCCCGAACAGGAUCCCAAUUACAUGCAGCAUUGCAUGGAGCUGACCAAGACCCGCUUCCAGUUGGGCAUCAAUUUGCUGCGCGUCACCUCCGAGGAGGUGGUGAGCAAUCGCGGGGAUCUGACGACGGAAUGGAAGCAGUACUUUUACUCCUGCAUCUCCAUGUGUAUACCCGAUGUGAUGGACCUGGUCACCAAGUAUCUACUAAUCGCCGUGUGCCACAUCAAUGGCAAAGACAUCCAAGCGACCAUACCAAACACACUCAUGGACUUUAGUCUAACCUCAGCGCUGCCAAACGACAAUCAUCUAAGUUCCUCCAUUUUGGAGCUGCUCGGCUGUGUGCAGCAUUUGGUCUCCUGGAUACGCACUGAUUUGAUCUCGGAGUACUUCCUCAUGGGCAUACUCGAUCUCUCCCAGUGGCGUCCUGCCCACGAGCCCAUCUCCCUGGCCGCCUUGUCGGUGCUCAAUGAGCUCCUCUAUCUGCAGAAGCCUUUGCCCUAUGCGGGCACUUUGAUGGGUGGUGUAAGCAGCCUCCUGGAGCAGCACAACAACAAUCGGCGGCAGAGCGAAAUGUAUAGCGACAAGUUCAGGGAGCUGUUGCGUCUCUACACCACCAAGUACGCCGGCAAGCUGAUGCAGGAGCCGGAGCUGCUGGAGAACUUUCUCAGCCUGCUCUACGGCUGCACCAGGGAAUUGCAUGGCGCUUUGGACUUUACAGAGAAGCUGGAAAUUUGGACGCCCAUUAUCAAGGGCAUUGCCCAGCAGCCGGCCAAGGUAAUGCGCUUCAACCAGGUGCUCACCCAGCUGGUGGACGAGAUUAUGCGGCGUACGCAAUUCGAGGCCAACAAGCCCGAGCUGGAAGUUCUAGACAAUGAGCUGAUGGAGGAUGAUACCUCCGCCACCGAGUGGCAGCAGUUUCUGGACCAAUGCUUCGAGUCUUUGGCCUUGCUGGCCACCACCCGUGGUGCCCAUGUGGUUUUCGCACAAGUAUUUGCCCACUGGUCCCGCCCGCAAAUGUAUCUAAUGUCGCUGGAGCAUGCCCUGGACCAUGGCAGCAGUCGCAGCUACGAGGCGGCCCGCAAGCUCAAGACAGCCAAUAUGGGUGAAAUUUUAAGAGACUUUGCCACCGUUUGCCAGGCGGUGGUGCGUCUGGCUCCACUAAUGGACACGGCCACGGCGGCUCCAAGCGUGGCCGAUGAAAUGGAGUGCCAGUUGCAGAUGCUAUCCGACAGUUUGCUGCAAACGUUGCAGCUGCUGGCAAGCAAUCGCCUGCAGGGCGGCAAUGAGAUGGACAAGGCCACGUUUCAGAUGGAUCUGGAUAACCUGUAUGCCCAAGUUUUGCUGGCCAUAAGGAGUAUCUUUCCCCUCUCCAAGGCUUUGGUGGGUGAGGAGCUGCUGCAUCGUUUGUUUGCCAUCUUGGGCAGCAUCUUUGCCUGCAGUGGUUCGUUGGCCGCCGCCUCACCCAUUGUUCAGCAGGCGGCCAGCGAGCUGUUGUUGUUCAUUGCCACUGUGAUACGACCCAAGUGCUUGUUAGAGAUCCCCCAGAUUCAGAAUCUGCUGCAGGCGGGUUCUCGUUUGGGCGCCCAGCUGCCGCGUCAGGUGUGCAUCAAUGUCUACAUUGCCUUGGUUAGCUAUAUGGUUUUGCCCUGGAAAAGUGUGCCCGAGCAGCAGCAGGACUAUCAGCGAAGGCUCUGGAUGCUGCGCGAGUAUGUCCAGGGGCUGGCGCAGAACUUUCUGGACUUGGAUUUGGGUCAGGCCAAUGAGAGCAAGGUGGCUGCCACUACACUAAGUUUGCUGGGCACUUUUACGGCUCUGAUUGAGUACUUUAAGGCCACAGGAGGAAAUGCCAAGGAUAUGCUGGCCAGCACUUUUAAGCCCAUUCUCACCAAGGCCUUAAUGAUCUUCAACAGCUUUGGCCUGAGCAGCAUAGCCAUGGCCAUCACAGUGGCCGAGUUUAGUCUCAGCAUGCUCCGCUCGUUGCCCACUCAUUUGGGUGGACAGUUCAUCAAGGAGAUGAUCACUUUGUUUAUCAAUGUCAGCAGCAGGGAGCAGCUUACCCUGAGCCGGCUGGCCGUCAUGGAGAAGGUUUUGCAGAUGUUCAAGCUGAUUGUAGAGCAGCCGGGCAGUGCCUCCUUGGGGCUGCUGCCCUCUAUCCUGGACUUUGGCACUCAGCAGAUUCUGCCGCUGCUGCAACAGCAGAAUACGGCCACGGAUAACAGCGAGAUAACCAGCCUGCUCUACGCGCUUUUCGACAGUGUUUUAACCUGCAAGUGGCAGUUCUUUUACAAAAACCAACUCUCCAAUGGCCACACCACCACCACACACAACUUCAACUGCAGCGACAACCUGCAUCCGGUGCACUUUAUGGCCAUCUUGAAUGCCUAUGGCCAGAUGCUGGUCAGCGGCACAGAUCCCAGCAAUGUGCGCAGCGUUUUGCUUUCCAUGCAGAAUGUAAACGAGCGCAGUCGUCUAUAUCAGCGGGCUUUGUUCAAAGAGCAGCUAAUGGCCUCCUUUCAGCGGGCUUUGCUGAAUCUUUUGAUGAGCGGGGAGGGUGCCUUGCACUUUGAUAUGAUUGCCCAGGCCUUGUAUUCGAUGGGUCAGGUGGAUCGAAGGCAGUUGCUGGAGAGUUUGGCACAGGCCUCGCUGCCGGUGGGGCAGACAGUGCUAGAGGAGAUUUGCCAGACAAGUGACAUUCCAACGUUUACGCAGAAGCUCACACAGCUCAUGCAGGACGCCCACUGUGUGCAUCUCAAUGAGACGGCGUAGGAGGAGAAGGGAACCCACUUCCACACCCUGUUAGCUCCUUUUCUUUUUGAAUUUUGUGACGUGUGUAAAGUGCUAACAUGUAAAUACCUCUGUUUUUUUUUUUGUACUUUAAACGCGUGCGAAGCCAUAUUUACUUGGUGACUCUAUGUGUGUCCCAGAUCCCCCGCCAGAUUGCGUUUUGUUCCUUGUUUCCCCCUCGUUUCCCUGCGUGCCUGUGUUCUUUUCAUUCAUUCUCGAUAAAAAAAAGCUAAAAGACAUUGUUAGUUCGUAGUCGAAAAAACGCUGUAUUAUGUGUUUUUGGGAACGUGAAUCCUUACUUUAAUUAAACGCCACAUAACGUAAAAGUCAUACUCAUAUAUCCACCUAGCGCCUAAAGCAUAUAUACGCAUAAAUUAAUUAGCAUAUAUAUCCAUAUGUAAAUCGGUUACGUUGUAAGCUACAAAUUGUGUAUUCAUGUAAUUUAUUCAGCGAUUCAAUUUCGUUGCUUUGAUUUGAAUACGAAUUCGAGUCGCGCUUGAGUCCCUUCGAUCAGAAAUUCAAUAAAAACUAUUUUUACCAAUUUUAA